AUGGAGUACUUCAGUCUGAAGCGGUCGACAGCCGCCGACCGUGGCCAGACCAACCUGUCUAGCAAGGUCUAUGUGCGGUCUACGAAAAGUGGCAAAGUCCAAAAAAUCGUGAGAGAGUUGUAUCUGCGACAGGACAUCCCAUGCUCGUCCAAUCUUUGCAGAGCAUGUUUAGAGAUUGCGCCGACGGACUACUCGAAGAAAGUCGCCCCAUUUGUCCUUUCAGACACACCAGCAGGAUCCAAGGACUUCCCAAAUGGCCAAUACCUCAUUCCGGAUACAAAUGCUUUCCUCACCGGAAUGGACUUAUUCGAAGUUGAGACCGCAUUUCAUGAUGUUAUCGUCCUCCAAACCGUACUAGAGGAGGUCAAGAACCGCUCAUUACCUCUAUAUCACCGUCUGAUAUCUCUGACCAAAAACGAGGGAAAGCGCUUCUACGUGUUCUUCAACGAGUUCAGACAAGAGACGUAUGUGGCGCGGGAAGCUGGAGAGACCAUCAAUGACCGAAACGAUCGAGCUGUGCGCAAAGCCGUGCAAUGGUAUAACGACCAUAUCACAGAGGCUGUCAAAGCGCGGAGCAAAACGCAGACACGUAUACCUACAGUAGUCAUGAUUACUGAUGACAGGGACAACUUGCGGAAAGCCAAAGCUGAGAACGUCCCAGGCAAGACUUUGUCCGACUUUGUAUCUGGUCUAGAAAAUUCAGAUGAACUUCUAGAUAUGAUCAGCGCAGCGCAAGAGCAACGAGAAGUCAGGUCGAAAAAGCCAGAGAUCUUUUACUCAGAACAUUACACAGUCUCGAAAAUGAUGACCGGCGUGAAAGCUGGUACUUUACACCAAGGCAUCUUCAACGUCUCCCCAUACAACUAUCUGGAAGGCUCGGUUCACGUACCGGCUUUCGAUAAAUCACUUCUCAUUCUAGGACGUGAGAACAGCAAUCGAGCCGUCUCUGGCGAUGUUGUAGUUGUCGAAGUGCUGCCUCAGGAUCAGUGGAAAGCACCUUCAACCAAGAUUAUUGAAGAAGAAACAGUGAACAAGAACGACAAUGCAGAAGCUGAAGAAGGUGAGAAUGUCAUUCCAGAAAGGGAGCGACGAGCGCUACAAGAGGAGGUCAAGCGGGUGCAUGGACAAAGCACAGAAGGAAGACCACAGCCGACUGCGCGUGUAGUAGGUGUCAUAAAGCGAAACUGGAGACAAUACGUGGGUCACAUUGACCGCGACUCUGUCCGCUCUUCUUCGAAAUCGAGCAGACAGCAACAGACCGUGUUCCUCGUUCCAAUGGACAAGCGCAUUCCUAAGAUUCGAAUACGGACACGACAAGCUGGCGAGCUCCUUGGUCAACGUAUUCUGGCGACAAUCGACUCCUGGGACAGAGAUUCCCGAUAUCCGGUCGGUCAUUUUGUACGAUCGCUCGGCGAGCUUGAAUCUAAGGGCGCAGAAACCGAAGCUCUACUACUGGAGUGGGAUGUUCAAUACAAGCCUUUCCCCAAAACCGUUCUGGAUUGCUUACCCGCUGAAGGUCAUGACUGGAAAGUGCCAGCUAGCCUAGAGGACCCGGGUUGGAAGGGACGCAAAGACCUCCGCGAUCUCUUGGUGUGCUCUAUCGACCCUGUUGGUUGUGUUGACAUCGACGAUGCUCUUCACGCACACAAGUUACCGAACGGUAACUAUCAAGUUGGUGUCCAUAUUGCGGACGUUUCCCAUUUUGUCAAGCCAAACAACGCGAUGGACAAGGAAGCUAGCCAGCGCGGAACGACUGUUUACCUAGUUGACAAGCGCAUAGACAUGUUGCCUAUGCUCUUGGGAACUGACCUAUGUUCACUGAAGCCAUACGUCGAGCGCUAUGCUUUCUCUGUCAUUUGGGAGGUUACUGAGGAUGCCGACAUUGUCUCUUCGCAUUUCACCAAGUCCGUCAUUCGUUCAAGAGAGGCUUUCAGCUACGAACAAGCUCAGAUCCGGAUAGACGAUAAAUCUCAACAGGACGAUCUUACAAAUGGCAUGCGGACGCUGCUCAUGUUAUCUAAGAAGUUGAAGCAAAAGCGAAUGGACGCUGGAGCGUUGAAUCUAUCUUCACCAGAAGUAAAGGUUCGAACUGAAUCCGAAACCUCUGACCCGGCAGAUGUCCAGACCAAGAAGCAUCUUGACACCAACUCGCUCGUGGAGGAAUUCAUGUUACUCGCCAACAUUAGUGUCGCCGCAAAGAACUACGAAGCCUUCCCACAAACAGCUCUACUUCGUCGUCACGCUGCCCCUCCGAAGACGAACUUUGAAGAGCUGGACAACCAACUCAAGGUCAAGAAAGGAAUGGAGCUCAAGACUGAUAGUUCGAAGGCUUUAGCUGAUUCACUUGACAAGUGUGUUGAUCCCAAUAACCCAUUCUUCAACACUCUCGUCAGAAUUAUGGCAACGCGUUGCAUGAUGUCCGCCGAGUACUUCUGCGCCGGAACUCAAGCCUAUCCCGAAUUCAGGCAUUACGGUCUGGCUAGCGAGAUCUACACUCACUUCACGUCUCCUAUUCGUCGGUACGCUGAUCUCGAAGCUCAUCGCCAGCUUGCUGCUGCCAUUGAAUAUGAGCAGUUAGAUCCUAGCCUACAGUCAAAGGCCAAGCUCGAGGCUGUAUGCAAGAACAUCAACGUGCGUCAUCGCAAUGCGCAGAUGGCCGGUCGCGCUUCCAUCGAGUAUUACGUUGGUCAGGCACUCAAGGGCAAAGAUAUCAACGAAGAAGGUUUCGUCAUGAAGAUCUUCUCCAAUGGUUUCGUUGUCUUUGUACCGAGGUUUGGUAUCGAGAGCCUCAUUCGAUUGAGGGAUCUUGCUACACCGGAGCCAGAAGCCGACUUUGAUGCUGAGAACUAUGUGUUGAGCAUCAAGGGCGAUGUUAAGAGGACUAUUGAGCUGUUUGAGAAGGUGACAGUCAGGAUUACAGAUGAGCUUGAAGAAAGCACUGGAAAGAGGAAGGUGCGCUUGAGUCUGGUAUGA